CCAAACGGCGGCGCAGCUACUUUGCAUAUCCUGUUACUCUGACUCAGAUGAUGACGGCCAUCGGGAGAGGAGGCUAGCCGAGCUGCGCUGCAUAGAUGCUCGGGCUGCUGAACAAAACUACAAGCAAGAUCAGAAAAAAGGCUGAUACUCAAUGAUGGAUGGCUUUGCAGGGGACAUGCUGAGCGGCGGCCGGGCUCUGCUCGGCGAGGACAGCUCGGUGAUGGCUCGCAUGCAGAAGAAGUUCUGGAAGACCAAACAGGUCCUCAUCAAAGCCACGGGCAAGAAGGAGGACGAGUACGUUGUGGCCUCUGAUGCUGACCUGGAUGCCAAGCUUGAGUUUUUCCGCUCGGUUCAGUCCACGUGCACGGAGCUGCUGAAGGUGAUCGAGAAGUACCAGCACAGGAUCACACGCUUGUCUCAGGAGGAGAACGAGCUCGGCCUGUUCCUACGCUUCCAGGCUGAACACGAUCGCACAAAGGCUGGCAACAUGAUGGACGCCACCAGCAAGGCCCUGUGCACCUCCGCCAAGCAGAGGAUGGCACUUUGCCCGCCACUGCACCGCUUGUACCAGGAGGUGGAGACGUUCAGGCGGCGCGCCAUCACCGACACUCUACUGACAGUCAGUCGUAUGGAGAAGGCCCGCACAGAGUACAGAGGAGCUCUGCUCUGGAUGAAAGACGUCUCCCAAGAGCUGGACCCAGACACCUACAAACAGCUGGAAAAGUUCCGCAAGGUCCAAGCCCAGGUCCGAGGGACAAAGGGCCAGUUUGAGAAGCUGAAGAACGACGUGUGUCAGAAGGUUGACAUGCUGGGAGCGAGCCGCUGCAACAUGCUCUCCCACUCCCUCUGUACCUACCAGACCACUCUGUUGCAGUUCUGGGAGAAGACGGCCCACGCCAUGUCGGGAAUCCACGAGGCCUUCCAAGGACAUGUACCAUACCAGUUCACCACACUGAAGGACCUGCGAGACCCGCUGGAGCAAAUAACAGACACACAGGAACAAGAAGAUAAGAAGGAGAAGGCUCUACAGAGCAACACAGACAGUCUGGUGUCCUUGGAUGAGGACAAGCCAUCAGGAAGUGCCUCUGACACAGACCCCACCCACAGCAGUGAUGGACAGAGGCAGACCAGUGACAGCGUGCACCAAAACACAACCAUACCCACUCGAACCCUGCACAGCCUCAGAGGACUGUCAGCGUGCUCUGAUGACGACCUGAUGCUCAUGGCCUGUGAUCGGCCACAGUCACCGCUCCCAACCUCGACAAACAUCCCUCUCCAGCCUCAGCUCCUGCCUCCUCUUCAGGGUGGCGACCCGAAUGUGUCCUGGGGCUUUGGAAGCCUCCAGUCCAACCUCUCACAGCUGCCUGCCACGGAUGGGUGUCUGCUCUCAGAUGGUUCACCCCACCCGGCUGAGACGGGGCUGGAGGAGGAAGAUGGCGAACGGGGCGACAUGGCUUUCCUCAAAGACCUUCUCAGCCCGGGCCCGGGGGCCAGUGACGAGUUCAGCAGAGAGUGGCAGGAUGCUUUCGGGCUUUUUGACCCUCCCAGCGUCCCUCCGUCGAGCACAGGAGCAGCAAGUAGAGGCCCAGCGGCACGUCCACCCUCAAACCCGCCCAGCCCCACAGGCUUCCUGCCCUCCCAGCUGCUGGAUCACAGUCUGAGCUCUACAGGCUGGUCAACCCCACCCAUGUUCCAAGCUCCGCCCCUGCAGCCUCCUCCUGGUCAGAACCAGUCAGCUCAGCUGGCUCCAAGUUCUGCAGCUCAUGCAACUCCAAGUGGAUCCAAAGACAUGUCUGCCUGGUUCAACCUGUUCGCAGACCUGGACCCCCUCUCCAACCCCGACGCCAUCGGACGCUCCGCAGACGAGCUGCUCAACGCCUAAAGGUGUGUGUGAAGAAGAACACACAUUAACAGUGAAAAACACAGACCUUGAUGCACACACGCGCGCCUGUAUUUCUGUUAGCAGGAGAGGUGUCUACAUAUCCACACAUGCAAACACACUCAUUGUGUUACACUGGUUAUGUUAUUUUACACUUUCAGUCCAGAUAACGGUUAAACGCUCUCCUCAGCUGCAACUUUAUAAAUGACUGUUAACACUACACGUGAAGCCACUGAAUCGUAUGCACACAGCAGACCUCAUGGGGUUUGUGUUACCUUUCGCUAUUAGUUGUUCCAGCUUCUGUUAAGCGGAGAGAAUGUUUGAGUUACAGGUUUAUUUUGGACGCCGUCGCAUGUUUUUCCCUGUGUGCUGUUCAUGUUUGUGUUGUUUGGGUGUGUGUCAGUUUGCUGUGUGUACACAUCACAAGGGACCCAGGGUGUAAAAUAAAUUGAGUGCUUAGUGUCUAUUUACUACUUAAUGUUGUUUUAUACAUGGUAGCACAUGAUUGUCACUUGGGCUGAACAAUUAAUGGAAAUCUUCAAAUCGCAGGAGGCGCAAUCUUUGUUAAAGGUCUAAACAUCAUGUUCUACAGACUUACGAAAACAUAUUUGUUUGCUACAGGUCCCUUCAAAAAUUGCACCAUAAUCAUUUAAACAUGUUUUCCAAUGAAAAUGACAAUAAUGAUGUAAAAAGUAUAAUUUUCUUCAGUAUCGCAAAUCAUAUCGCAGUUGCAGUAUCAGUCAAAAUAAUCGAGUCGUACAUCCCAGUUGUCACAUAUGAAUGGAGAGAGAGAGAGAGAGAGAGAGAGAGAGAGAGAGAGUGUGUGUGUGUGUAUAUAUGUUGGACAUAGUGUUGUAUGUAUGAGAUAAGACUGAGUCACUGAGCCUGUAUUUGCACACACAAACAGCAGCAGCAGUUGUCUGUAUCACAAAGCAAGAUUAGUGGGUUAUCCAGCUAUCUUUGGACUUUACACAGGUUUUCUGGUUUCACAAUGCUGACUCACUUUUAGCUGGAGUGGAUCGCCAUGUUAACCUAUGCUGGACAACUAAUCUUGGCCGUUUCCUAAAAGCCUCAUAAACUGGAGCGGGUUUAGUAAAGAGGAAUGGAUUAAAAACAGCUUGAUUUGUCGCCACUGAGUUCACUGGAGAAAUAUUAAUCGUUCAUAGAGAAUCCUGUCAUGCACAUAAGUACUGAGUUCAGAUAAAAGUAAUAAGGAACAACAGAGAUUUUAGUUCUGCAGCUCAGGAUAACAUUUUGAGUGUUAAAUCUUUUUAGACUCAACGAGGAAAUCAUUGUAAUUAAUUUGUUAUGUCAUUUUUUAUUAUAAAACAUGGUAAAAGCUCUUUUGGGCUGUACUUGAGCUAAAUGUUAACAUCAGUUAUCAACUAACUCUCUAAAUGUAGAAUGUUAGCAUGCUGACAUUUACUAAUAACCACUAAACACGAAGAACAGUUAUCACAUUUCAUCCUGAGAUGAACGUCUGAACCAUAUGUCAUGGUAGGUCCAUGCAGUAGUUGUCGAGACAUUUCACUUAAACCCACAAAUGGCUAACUGAUGCUGGGGAUAGAGGAAAAGUGAGGGGAUCUUCAAAGCCAGUAGGAUUCUUCCUGAGGGGGCCGUGCAUGUGUGAACCGCAUGUCAUGGUGGGUCCAUGCAUUGUUGAAAUAUUUGAAUCUGGACCAAAGUGGGGGAGUUUUUCGCUCGGACCAUGGGCAUCUUUCCGCUCUGCUUUGGCAGCAGGAACAGCCCUUACACACCAAAAUGUCACUAUGCAAAGUAAAUGGAUUAUCUUGGGAUAAUAAUGCAUUCCCUGAUAUUUUUUAAAUUUAUUGUCUUGCUUUUAUUAUUUGGAAUUUAUUCCUAAAGUAUCUUAUCUAGAUGUGUGAUUUUAUUACCUGCGGGUAUCACCACCUAAUCUCAUGUCCUAUAAGUGCUGCACUCAUUGUUCUGAUGUUCAUUGCAAUUAAGAACUUCACCUCUUGAAUGUGCUUGUAGCUUGAUAGUAAAAACCCAGGGUUAAUAGAGGCAGCUGGUGAACAGCUUCAGGAUACCAGUUAUCCAGGAUCACUGACGUUUGGCUCGGUGAAGCCGGGUAACCCAAGCUUACUUGCUUUGUGAUGCGAACCAAACUCUGGAUCUUUAAGACUCCACCAAUUUGAUAAAUGUGACUCUUUUGUUGAUUGAAAUUCUCAGUUUUCUGUUAGUUUCAGUCUAAUGGUCUAAAAGUGAACUGUGAACCGUCUCUGGAGAGGACUGAUGGUGUCGUUUUGACUGAACUGGAGUUCACAGGCCCAGUGGGGCAAUAUAUUUUGUUAAAACUUCAUGUUUAUCCUCUCACCUUCAGCCCAGAUUCUACUCGCUCUGAAUUUAGUGUGGGUAAAAAUAGAAUGCGUUUGAAAUCCUCAUCAGUCCAGUCUGUCGUUUGAAUUUCACAAUUACAAGUCCAAGGCCAAGAAAAACUUUUAUUUUGAAGUUUUAAAGUAGGACACAUGAAUUUGCUUAUUUUUGGGCGGGUGGGUUAUUUAAGUUCUAAAAAUCUGCAAAUAAUGGCACCUAAGCUGCAUCAAAAUGUAUUUAUUUUCAGAUGAUAUCGCUGUUUGCAAAAUCAAACGUUUUUGUUGUGCUGUACACUGAAAAAAAUAACACUGUAUAAUACUGUCUAUUUUUAGCUCUGUGUUGUGUAUUUUGAGAAUUCACAGAUUUUGGAAAUAUAUUAUUGUUUUAUGGGGAAAUAAUCAACACUGGAAAACUGUUACCAUGUUGUAAAAUGUAUUUCUAACUUAAUCUGCUGUGGAUUUAAUUUCCACUGAACUACCAAGACUGACAUUUUUGAAUGUUUACAUGUUGGUUUAGUGAACAGCUGCAAAACGAGGAUGUAGAGUUUCUAAAAAUGUACGUUCUGGAUAACACACCUGAGUUGUUGACGCGCACCAACUGGAACCAAAUCCUCAGUUAUGACACUUGUGUGCCUGUGUAAGUGGCACAAAUGUGAUCAGAGUGUAUCGUGGGAGGAAGUCAUCAUGUCUGAAGAAAAACACUUUUUUAUAAAAACUGCACAUUAGUAUCUCUGCUAUUUUUUUUUUCUACGACACAGCAUGUCAUUUUAUUUUUUUCUUCUUGUUUCUAAUGUGACACAUGGAAGGAACUCUUAUCCUCCUUUCCAAGCGGAGUGGUCACAAGGGGAAACUACAUCAUGUAUUAUACUGUUUACUCUUGAUUUACACACUUUUAAAAAAAAAAAGAAAAAAAGAAUGUAUUUCUCAAGUCAAUCACAAAUGCUUUAUUUAAUUCAACUAUGCCUUUUUAUUUCACUCAAGGGGUUUAACAGAUGAAAACUUGGCAGUUCUGUUUCCAAUAAACUGGACAAGCAAACAAA